CGCGUGGUUCAUAAGGGGGCCGCUCCCAUCAGCAGCCCCGCAGCCAGUACUCCUCUUUCGCGCCGGCGCCGCAGCUGCCGUCCCUCCCCGGGCGGGCGGGAGCCUGGAGGAGCACACAGGACCCCAGAGGCCGCGGGGAGAGGAGGUUAAAAGCCAGGACAGGCUGCCAACCCAGGGAGUCCCUUCCAGUUUUGGGGAGGAAGUCAGCUGACACCGCUCAGUUGAAUUUAACAUCCUUCCACGCGUAACUUUGGACGGUGGGCGGCAGCCACGAUGAACUUUGCAGACAAAGAGGACUCCAGGAGAUACUGCAUCCGGGCCAAGCACGUGGCCAUCAUCUCCGCGGUGGUGGUGGCCGUGGGGCUCAUCGUGGGGCUGUCCGUGGGUCUGACCCGCUCGUGUCCCGGCGACACGGGGACCCCGGACCCUCCCCCCGCGGGCCCGUCGGAGGUCCCCCCACAGGACCAGAACCCCUGCCCGGCCAGCGAGGACGCGAGUGGGCCGUGGACGGGCUUCCGGCUGCCGGACUCUGUCGUGCCGGUACACUACGACCUGGAGGUGCGGCCGGAGCUGGAGCAGGACACCUACACGGGCAACGUGACCAUCGCCCUGGGCCUGACCGCGCCCACGCGCUUCCUGUGGCUGCACUUGCGCGAGACGCGGCUCACACGGGUCCCCGAGCUGCACACGCCCGCGCGCGCUCCCGUGCCCAUCACUCGCUGCUUCGAGUACCGCGCGCAGGAGUUCGUGGUGCUGGAGGCCGCGCAGCAGCUGCCCACCACGCCGGACGACGCCCUCUACAGCCUGAGCCUGGGGUUCGCGGGCCGGCUGGACGGCUCGCUUGUGGGCUUCUACCGCACCACCUACACCGAGGGCGGCCGGGUCAAGAGCAUCGCGGCCACUGAUCAUGAACCAACAGAUGCCAGGAAAUCCUUCCCAUGCUUUGAUGAACCCAACAAAAAGGCAACUUUCACAAUAUCUAUCAUCCACCCCCAGGAAUACAAUGCACUUUCAAACAUGCCAGUGGAGAAAACAGAGACACUGGAUGACAGUUGGAUUCGAACGACUUUUCAGAAGUCUGUUCCCAUGAGCACUUACCUAGUGUGCUUCGCUGUGCACCAGUUCACCUUCGUACAGAGAACCUCCAACAGUGGAAAAUCCCUGAGGAUUUAUGUCCAGCCAGAGCAAAAUCACACAGCUGAAUAUGCUGCAAACAUAACCAAAAUUGUGUUUGAUUACUUUGAAGAAUACUUUGCUAUGAAUUAUUCUCUUCCUAAGUUAGAUCAAAUUGCUAUUCCAGAUUUUGGCACUGGUGCCAUGGAGAACUGGGGCCUUGUCACUUACAGGGAAACGAACCUGCUCUACGACCCUGAGGAAUCGGCUUCAUCCAAUCAGCAGCGGGUGGCCAUGGUGGUUGCCCAUGAACUUGUGCAUCAGUGGUUUGGAAAUAUUGUGACCAUGGACUGGUGGGAUGACUUGUGGCUGAAUGAAGGAUUUGCUUCUUUCUUUGAGUUCCUGGGAGUAAACUAUGCAGAAAAAGACUGGCAAAUGCUUGACCAGGUGUUACUUGAAGAUGUAUUACCUGUACAAGAAGAUGAUUCUUUAAUGUCUUCUCAUCCUAUUGUUUUUUCUGUGUCAACCCCUGCUGAAAUCACAUCUGUUUUUGAUGGAAUAUCCUACAGCAAGGGAGCUUCCAUUCUGAGAAUGCUGGAAGACUGGAUGACGCCAGAGACAUUCCAAAGAGGAUGUCAGAUUUACUUGCAAAAAUUCCACUUCAAGAAUGCAAAAACUUCAGAUUUUUGGGAAGCAUUGGAAGAGGCCAGUAAUCUACCCAUAAGAACAGUGAUGGACACCUGGACAUCCCAGAUGGGUUACCCUGUGCUGGCUGUCAGUAACAAAACAACCAUCACACAGAAACGCUUUCUGCUGGACUGGAGAGCAGAUCCGUCCCAGCCACCUUCAGAUCUCGGUUACACGUGGAAUAUUCCAGUUAAAUGGACCGAAAGUAAUGUAUCAACUACUGUAGUCUACAAUAGGUCAGAAAAAGGAGGAAUCACUUUGAAACCUCCUGAUCCUAAUGGAAAUGAUUUUCUCAAAAUAAACCCAGAUCAUAUUGGAUUUUAUCGUGUAAAUUAUGAAGUACCAACUUGGGAACAGAUAGCUUCUGAUCUUGUGUCAAACCACAUGGACUUUUCUUCUGCUGACCGUGCAAGUCUUAUUGAUGACGCUUUUGCCUUGGCAAAAGCUCAGCUUCUAAAUUAUAGGGAGGCUCUGAAUUUGACCAAGUAUCUCAAGGAGGAACGGGGUUAUCUACCAUGGCAGAGAGCCAUCUCAGCUGUAACCUACAUCAUUAGCAUGUUUGAAGAUGACCAGGAGCUGUAUCCGCUGAUCGAGGAAUACUUCCAAAGUCAAGUGAAGCCCAUUGCAGAUUCUCUAGGAUGGACAGAUACCGGUGACCACCUCACAAAGUUACUCCGUGCCGCUGUGUUAAGCUUUGCCUGCAAGAUGGGUGAUAAGGAAGCCUUGAACAAUGCUUCCUCGUAUUUUGAAGACUGGGUAGCUGGGAAGAUAAGCAUUCCGGUAAAUCUCAGGCUUCUGGUUUAUCGGUAUGGCAUACAGAACUCUGGCAAUGAGACAUCAUGGAACUAUACCCUAGAACAAUACCAGAGUACUUCAUUAGCUCAAGAAAAAGAAAAACUGCUUUAUGGAUUAGCAUCAGUGAAGAGUGUUCCUCUUUUGGCAAGGUAUCUGGAUUUGCUCAAGGACCCAAACGUUAUUAAAAGUCAGGAUGUGUUUACAGUCAUCCGAUACAUCUCAUAUAACAGUUAUGGGAAGACAAUGGCCUGGAAUUGGAUACAGCUCAACUGGGACUAUCUGGUCAACAGAUUUACAAUCAAUGACAGGACCCUGGGCCGGAUUGUCACAAUAGCAGAGCCAUUCAACACAGAAUUACAGCUCUGGGAGAUGAAGAGCUUUUUUGCAAAAUAUUCAGAAGCUGGAGCAGGAGAACAACCUAGGCAGCAAGUCCUGGAAACCGUGGAAAACAAUAUUGAGUGGCUAAAGCAAAAUAGAAAUGCCAUAAGAGAGUGGUUUUUUGAUUUACCAAAGAACGGUUAAUGUGUCAGAUGUCAUGUUUUUAAUUUUGUGAAUCUGUAGUUUCUCCUAUGAAGCAAAAACAUUUAAUAUCUAAUUUAGCAACACUGCAGAGGGAGCCUGAUAAAUGAUGCUGCUUUUACUAAGUGCUACGCUGAUGUCUGGCAAAGCUUUUAAAUUGUUCUUCUUUGUUUAUGAAGGAAGAUACUAAUGGAGUAUUUAAUAUACUCAGGGAUUUCUUCUAAGUGUACUUCAUAGGAGAUUCUUUACAAACUGAAGAGAAUUUAAUAGUCAUUUUAAUGUCUUUAAAUAUCAUUCUUUGUAUCUUAAAUCUGUGAAAAUAGAACAAUUUGGUCUUAGCUUUACAUUUUCAGUACCAAAGAAACACCACUUAAUCUUCUCUCUUGAUUGAUUUUUAAAGUUUAAAUACCAGUACUUGAGGGACAUAUUACCAUCUUAAUCUUUAUUUUAUUAUUCUGAAUUACACAGACCUAAUAUCAUUUUAUUCACAUAUUUCUUACUACUUUAAAUCCUACCAAAGUAACCUGGGCUUAAGUUUUGCUGGAGGACUGCAUGAAUUAGCCAAAGAAAUGGCUGACUGUUGGCUUUUCUCUUAUAAAAUCAAUAAGGGAACUCUUCAUUCUUUUUAAAAUAAAUCUAAACUACUACCUUGAAAAA